AUGGCAGCCGCCGAGGGGGCGAGCGCCGGGGAAGGGGAGCUGGCCGAGCGCGUCCUGCUGAACGUGUCCGGCCUGCGCUUCGAGACGCGCCUGGGCACCCUGGACCAGUUCCCGGAGACGCUGCUGGGCGACCCGGCCAAGCGGCUGCGCUACUUCGACCCUCUGCGCAACGAGUAUUUCUUCGACCGGCACCGGCCCAGCUUCGACGGCAUCCUGUAUUUCUACCAGUCCGGGGGCAAGCUCCGACGGCCGGUCAACGUCUCCCUGGAGGUCUUCGCCGACGAGGUGCGCUUCUACCAGCUGGGCGAGGCGGCCCUGGAGCGGUUCCGGGAAGAGGAAGGCUUCCUGCGGGAGGAGGAGAAGCCCCUGCCCACCCACGAGUUCCAGCGCCAGGUGUGGCUGAUCUUCGAGUAUCCCGAGAGCUCCGGCUCGGCCCGGGGCAUCGCCAUCGUCUCCGUGUUGGUCAUCCUCAUCUCCAUCGUCACCUUUUGCUUGGAGACCUUGCCGGAGUUCCAGGAAGAGCCGGCCGAGCUGCGGGACCCCACGGGCCAGGCGCCCCGUCCCAGCAUCCUGGCCGACCCUUUCUUCGUCAUUGAGACCACUUGCGUCAUCUGGUUCACCUUUGAGCUCCUGGUGCGCUUCUUCGCCUGUCCCAGCAAGCCGGAGUUCUCCAAGAACAUCAUGAACAUCAUCGACGUGGUGGCCAUCAUCCCUUACUUCAUCACGCUGGGCACCGAGCUGGCCCACGAGCAGCAGAAGGGCGAGCAGCCGGGCAACAGCGGAGGCCAGCAGCAGGCCAUGUCCUUGGCCAUCCUGAGGGUCAUCCGCCUGGUCCGGGUCUUCAGGAUCUUCAAGCUGUCCAGGCACUCCAAGGGUCUGCAGAUCCUGGGGCAGACCUUGAAAGCCAGCAUGAGGGAGCUGGGCCUUCUCAUUUUCUUCCUCUUCAUCGGCGUCAUCCUCUUCUCCAGUGCCGUCUACUUCGCCGAGGCCGAUGACCCGGAAUCCUACUUCUCCAGCAUCCCUGAUGCCUUCUGGUGGGCGGUGGUCACCAUGACCACGGUGGGCUACGGGGAUAUGAGCCCCAUCACCGUGGGAGGGAAGAUCGUGGGGUCUUUGUGUGCCAUCGCUGGCGUGCUCACCAUCGCCCUGCCUGUCCCGGUCAUCGUGUCCAACUUCAACUACUUCUACCACCGGGAGACGGACCACGAGGAGCAAGCUUUUCUCCAACAGGACUCGGGAAGCCUUCUUCGGCGCAGCUCUGGGGAAGAGGCGAAGAGCAAAAACCCUUGCAAAUCCGUGGUGCAUCUGGAGCAUCUGGACGAGACCCACAACGGGACCAGGUCGGUGGAGAAAAGCAACAUGAAAGCCAAUAACACCAUCGAUUUGAGAAAGUCCCUCUAUGCCCUUUGUAUGGAUUCCACCAGGGAAACCGAUCUGUAA